AGAGCAUGGGAGUGGACCCCCAGAACUAUAGCCCUAGCGUAGAAGAAUCUCAAUUUCAACAGAUUGUCACCCAAAGUCAGUUUUAAAUACAUAGUGGGAACUGGGAAGGUAAAGCGUGUUGAUUGUGAAGGAUCUGAUCUGAAGAUGCAGUGCUCAAGGCGUUUCCUCUUCCAAAUGUGUCUGAGUUUGCUGGUGUCCACGGGCUCCUGUCGGUGCAAACCACUGAACGAUGUCCUCCAAAGUGAAGAUCGCGGGGGCUUCUCUGAGACUUCCGAGCAGGACCUGGUCGAAGAGGAGGACAGGUUACACAGCUUUCUGGGAACCAUGAAGGAAGAGUUUCUGAGGAAACUCAAUUUAUCCGAUGUCCCACGGGAGCACAGCAAGAUAUACCCGCCGCCGUUCAUGAUUGAACUGUACAACAAGUAUGCCUCCGACACGUCCUCGAUGCCUCGUUCUGAUGUCAUUCGCAGCUUCACCGUUCAAGAUGUCAGUCACUCUGAAAAAAAUGGCACCAAGUCAAAACACAGACUUCUGUUCAAUGUAACUGUCCCAAAUCACGAAGAGGUCAACAUGGCAGAACUCAGGCUGUUCACCCUGCUGGAUAAUAGGACAACCUCAACCUCUACCAAUGGGAUCGGGGCUUCCAUAAAGGUCUAUGAAGUGGAGUAUAAAGGAAACAAGGCCAUUGCCCACCUUGUGGAUGGGAAAGAGGUCAUUGGGACUCAUCACUCUUGGGAAACUUUCAAUGUGACCACUGCCAUCCAGAGUUGGGUCAAGUCGGGCCGCGGGGCCAGUGAGUUUGAAGUGGUGGUCGACAGGUGGGACUGUGGGCCUUUCAAAGGCGGAGGUUUGGACGUGAGCGUGGGCGUGGGCGUGGGCGUGGGCGUGGGCGUGGGCGUGGGCGUGAGGGAUAACACGGCAGCUGCUUUGAUAGUCUUCUCCGACGACCUGGGGAGCAGGAAGAGAGAAGCCAAGAAGGAGCUGAGGGAGAUGAUAGUUCAUGAGGAAGAGACACUCUUCUCAGGGAGCGACUGGCAAGGGACCGACUACAAUGAGAUCCCCGUGGACCUACACCCCAGGCGGAAGAGGCAGGCGGACACCAACUACUGCCGACGGACUUCCAUGCGAGUCAACUUCAAAGACAUUGGCUGGGACCAGUGGAUCGUAGCACCCCCUGAGUAUGACGCCUUUGAGUGUAGAGGGGUGUGUUACUACCCCCUGACUGACGACAUGACCCCUUCCAAACACGCCCUCAUCCAGACCCUGGUCAAUCUCAAGAACCCCAAAAAAGCCAACAUGGCGUGUUGCGUUCCCACAAAACUCGACCCCAUCACGGUCAUGUACCAGGAGAAUGGUGUCAUCACUAUACGACACCCGUACGAGGAGAUGAAGGUGGCAAAGUGUGGAUGUAGGUAGUGAGAGGUAACAUCCAUGGUGGUCCACUUUAACCCUUACUGUAAAUCUGUACAGUUCUGUUGUGAGAUGCAUUUGAGUUAUUUUAUUGAGUAUAUGUUCAGCAAAUGCACAGUCUGUCUAGAAUAGCAAUAAAGCCUAUGAUACAAUAUUUAUAAAUUAUUUAUGAGCGUUAUCAUUAUUAUUAUUAGGGUUUUAGAAAAUAAUAUAGAUCAUAAAUUGGAUCUACAGAUGUAGGAUCUUAGUUAGGUGCGCAUGCAAAGCAAUUACACAACUCUAGAUUUCUUACAUACUCAUAUUAUUAUUAUUAUUUAAUUUAUUCUGUUCUCUCAGACGCUUAAACGACUUAAGCUAUGAACAUGAAUCCAACGUCCCAAUGUGCAGACUGCCCCAACAGACUGGCCACCAUUAGCAUAAAAGAACUCACCAACAAUAACUCUUGAAAUGUUCAAGCUGGAGACACCAAACCAACUUUCACAUUUCCAGACGAUUCUAAUUUCAGAUUCUCUAAAACUUUAAUCAACUAGAACGAUAAACGUUUGCAUAAAUUAGCAUAAAAUAACUCACCAACAGUAGCUCUUGAACAGUACAAGUUAGAGACACUAAACCAACUGUCAUAUGUUCAGGCUAUUGUAACUUCACAUUCUUUCAAAUCGUAAUCAACUAUAACUAUAUAAAGCGACCAGCGACUCCUGUGGCGGGCCGGGCGCAGUGCGCGCUAACCAAGGUUGCCAAAUGCACGGGUGUUUCCUCCGACACAUUGGUGCGGCUGGCUUCCGGGUUGGAUGCGCGCUGUGUUAAGAAGCAGUGCGGCUUGGUUGGGUUCUGUAUCGGAGGUCGCAUGACUUUCAACCUUCCUCUCUCUCGAGCCCGUACCGGAGUUGUAGCGAUGAGACAAGAUAGUAGCUACUAAAAAAAUAAUUGGAUACCAAGAAAAAGGGGUCAAAUUCAACAACUAAAAAAACUUGCAUCAAUUAUAACUAUAUAUAUGUGCAUUCAUUUGCAUAACUCUUCAGCCAUUCAAGCUAGAGACACUAAACCUACUUUCAAAUGUUCAGGCUAUCCUAACUUCAAAUUCUUUAACACAUGUAUCAACUAUGACUGAAUAAAUGUGCAUAAAAUAACUCCCCAACAGUACGUCUUAAUCUGUUCAAGCUAGAAAUACUGAAGCAACAUUUAGAUGUUCAGGCUAUCCUAACUUGCAAUUCUUGAAAACUUUCAUAACGAUAAAAAUGUGCAUACAUUUGCAUAAAAUAACUCACCAAAAGUAACUCCUCAACUGUUCAAGCUAGAGACACCAAACCAACUUUCACAUGUUCAGGCUAUCCUAACUUCAAUUAUUUCUUUAUUUUUGAACUAUAACUAUGGACAUUUGCAUACAUUUACAUAAAAUAACCUACCAACCAUAACUCUUGAACUGUUCAAGCUAGAGACACCAAACCAACUUUCACAUGUUCAUGCUAUCGUAUCAAUCAAAUCAAUCCUUCACCAGCUAGCAUGCACAUCACAUUUUCUUCAGAAAAUACACUUUUCUAGUUUGAUCACUCUUUUGUUGCUGAGGAUUUUCCUGCACAGCAGGAAAUGCAAACUUGUCGUGUAUUGGAGUUUUUUUAAAGGAUUCUCAAGUUUGUCAUUACCUCUUUGACAUUUCAGACUUGAUUUGCCUAACAAAAAAUUUAGCAACCCCUACAAAAAUGUCCAUUAAUUAUAAUCCACAUAAUAAUUCACAUUUGUUGCAGGAUUAUUUUCCUGCUGUAGCAACCUGGCUCAAAUUAAGAUCCUACGUCUGUAUUAAGUCUGUGUGCAUCUGUAGUUUGAUAUCUAUAACAAAAUUAGCAUGAUAUCUAAAGAGUUUGUACAUAGUGUCGUUUAUUUAUCAGUUGGCUAUGAGGACUAUCUUGCUCUACAAGUUUUAAUGGUAUUAGAGUUUUAAGUAUUUUUAUAGCAGGGAAUUUCUGAUUAUGACUUCUAAAUUAUUGCUUUGAAUUAAAUAUGGAUUGUUCUCAUUAGUUUCAUAUUAGAGUCAGAGAUUGUGGAUUAUAGGUAAAGGUUGCACUAUUACAUAACAGUGCAUUUCUGUGCUGCAGUUGUACUAUAUGAAUAUUCAAUGUGCAUUUAUAAAGUUAAACUUUUGUGGAAGUUCUUCAUUGAAUAAUGUGUAAAGAGCGCACUCUACAGGUGAACAAUAAGCAGUUGUCUCAACACAUCCAUAAAACUUAAAACGGAGUAUCUUUUUGUAACUGUGUGUUCAUUUGAAUGUAUAAUUGUUCUAUAAAGUAAGGAAUUGGUUUGAA